AUGAGCAACCUCAAGCCAACAUCUAUGGCUUCCUGGCAUCUUUUCGUUCCUUUCUUCCUCCUCCUUUUGUCAACAACUCGAUUCAUGAAGGCUUUUGCUUCAGACUUUUAUAACCAAUCAAUAUCUAUGUACCCAUUCAGUUGCUCUGAUCGCAUCAAAACAUGUAAUUCUAUACUCUACCAAAGCGAUGGUCUCCAAAUGGAGCAGAUCGUCAAUUUUUAUGCUGUCAACAAUACACAAAUCCAGCCAAUUAGCCAUGCCAACAAGGCAGACUACCUUAUAACUGUACCAUGUUCUUGCAAAAAUGUGAAUGGCACUGUUGGAUACUUCUAUGAUACAGUCUACACACUGAAACAAAACGACACAUUUGUCGGUGUUUCUAAUCAGACUUACAGUGGGCAAGCUUGGAAAGUUGGAGGAGAAGAACGAUCUUAUAUUGCAGGAGAAGAAGUACCCAUUCAUCUUUUGUGUGGGUGUGUAGAAGGGGACUCCCAAAUUGUGGUAACAUAUACAGUUCAAGAGCAUGAUACAUUGUCAGAUAUUGCUACUCUCUUAUCUUGUCAAAUCAAUAAUAUUGAGAGCUUGAGCAAAAUUCUGGCUGGCAAUCCAGGGUAUAUAGAUGUGGGUUGGGUUUUGUUUGUCCCCAUGCCAAAGAAUAGAAUUCCAGCCCCCCAAAAGAAAGGGAAGGGGCACAAGUGGUUGAUUGUUGUUGGCAUAUUAUCAGCUAUAACGUUAUUCUCAAUUUGCACAUUGACCAUAAUCUUUCUAAGGAGGUACAAAACCAGAAAAGGCAAUGACAAAGAUCCGAAAGCUGUAUCCAAAAACUUGAGUGCUAAGAAAUCAUUUUCCUUGCAGAACCAAUACCUGCAUAAAGAAGACAUCAGUGGUUUUGAAUCAGAAAGACCGGUAGUAUACAGUCUUGAGGAGAUUGAGGAGGCAACAAUUAACUUUGACGAGACAAGAAAAAUUGGAGAGGGUGGAUAUGGGAGUGUAUAUUUUGGGGUAAUAGGAAAGCAGGAGGUUGCAGUAAAGAAGAUGAGGUCCAACAAGUCAAAGGAAUUUUUGGCAGAGCUCAAGGUGGAGCUGUUGGGGUAUGCCAGUGGAGACGACCACCUCUACUUAGUUUAUGAGUAUAUUUCUAAUGGAUCUCUCAAUGAGCAUCUUCAUGACCCUUUACUGAAAGGUCACCAGCCUCUCUCUUGGACAGCAAGAACACAGAUUGCAUUGGAUGCUGCAAAGGGCAUUGAAUACAUUCACGAUCACACAAAAUCCCGAUACGUGCACCGGGAUAUAAAGACAAGUAACAUCCUACUUGACGAAGGGCUCAGAGCAAAGGUUGCAGAUUUUGGAUUGGCAAAGCUUGUUGGACGAACCAAUGAAGAUGAUUUCAUAGCAACUCGCCUGGUUGGAACACCAGGAUAUCUUCCUCCCGAGUCUGUGAAAGAGCUGCAGGUGACCACUAAAACUGAUGUUUUUGCAUUUGGAGUAGUUCUGUCAGAGCUCAUAACUGGUCAACGUGCACUCAUCCGUGACAACCGCGAGCCCAACAAGAUGAAAUCUCUCAUCACAGUUGUUACCAACAUAUUUCAAAGUGAAGAUCCAGAGGCUGCAUUGGAAGCCAUUAUAGAUGGUAAUCUGAGGGGUAGCUACCCCAUGGAGGAUGUGUACAGGAUGGCAGAACUUGCCGAGUGGUGUCUAAGUGAAGAGGCAGUCAAUAGACCAGAGAUGAGAGAGGUUGUUGUGGCACUGUCUCAAAUCAUGGUGUCCUCAGUCCAAUGGGACGCAUCACUUGCAGGAAAUAGUCAAGUUUUUAGUGGACUAUUGAAUGGACGAUGAAGACUUUGGGCUCCAUUUGGUUGUAUUUUUUUUGAAGUACUUGUUCUUUUAAGCAAAAGGAGCAACAAAUAGUGCCUCUGUUUUUUGUGAUUGAAGAUGUUAUUUUGUGCUCGUCUUCGUUCAAUUUUACAUAGUUGAAAACUCUUACUUUUUUCCUAUGUAUUUCAUGCUCCAAACUAUGUAUUUAAUGUUUAGACAACGGUUGGCCCGGAUGGUUGUGAGGG